CGCAGCAAGGCACAGUGCACGCGCAGUAUCAGGGCUGCUGUUGCCACACUGCUGCAAUGGCGGCGCACUGAAGAUUGAAGUUGAAUGAGUUUAUUUCCGUGUGUCGUGUAUGGAUUGUGGCAAGAAUACGCGAAGGAGAACAAAGCUUCAGUGGCAAACGAAUUCUGACAAGUGUCUUCGUUCCUGCAUUUCUGUUGAGAGAGAAAUGUGCUAGCCGUGCUAGCGAACAGUAGCCUAUGCAACCGCUCCGUGGAAUCAUCUCACAUCUGCAUGCAAUAGGGAACCACCACCACCCACCACUACUCGCUCGUUGGACAAUUUCAGGAGGAGUAUUCACAAACCAGUGAAUCACAGAGUGAACUGGAACAUCAUGGCUGAACGAAACUCCACUGGAUUACUAAUGAUGAUGAUGGAGCCAACUCCGGCAAUUGCAAUGACUCUCCCGGCAGAGGUUCGAGAGAAACUCGCGGAGCUGGAGCUAGAGCUAUCCGAAGGGGACAUCACGCAAAAGGGCUAUGAGAAGAAGCGAAGCAAGUUGCUGGCCCCUUACAUCCCACAGAUCCAAGGAGUAGAUCCAUCUCUUCAGAUUGAGCACAGAAUUCAGGCGUCGUCCCAAGCUGCUCCAGCUGGCUCCAAACAGAACAAAUCGCGGACGCCAAACACGCGGGAUGAGCGUUUCCGCUCCGAUCUGCACACAGAAGCCGUACAAGCAGCCUUGGCCAAAUACAAAGAGAGAAAGAUGCCCAUGCCUUCCAAGAGACGCUCUGUGCUCGUUCAGUCCUCGGUAGAAGCAUGCACGCCCCCAGACACCUCAUCGGCCUCGGAAGACGAGGGCUCGCUGCGCCGGCAGGGACGGAUGGCCUCCUCCACCCCGUACCAGGCCCACGCCAGUGUGGAGCACUGGUUUAACAGGGUCAUCCAGGGCUCGUCCACCUCAUCCUCCGCAUCCUCCACCUCAUCCCACCCCGGAGGGAGGCCGCACGCCGCCGCCAACCCCACCGCCACCGCCACCGCCCUGACCGACCUCAUGGCACACACCCAGCUAGAUAACCACUCGGCGCCCCCAGACGUCACGGGCCUGUCGGAGCGCCCGCUGCACGCCGAACGGCCCCAGGUGGCCUCGGUGCGCGGCCUUCCCCGCGGCUACAACCACACCAGCGUCAUGGAGACCGCAGACGGUGUUCCGGUCAACAGUCGCGUCUCCUCUAAGAUCCAGCAGCUGCUCAACACGCUAAAGAGGCCCAAGCGGCCGCCACUGAGGGAGUUCUUUGUGGACGACUUCGAGGAGCUUCUGGACGUUCAACACCCGGACCCCAACCAGCCUAAACCAGAGGGGAUGCAGAUGAGCCCUCUGGAGGGUGAGUCUCAGGGGGUGGUCUCCAACUGGCCCCCGUCCCUGCUGGCCUCCCUCCAGCGCUGGGGUACCACGCACCCCAAGAGCCCUUGCCUAACCGGCCUGGACAACGCCGGCAAGCCAGUCUACACGCUCACAUACGGGAAGCUAUGGACCAGGAGUCAGAAGCUGGCUUACACCCUAAUGAACAAGCUGAGCACCAGGAACGAGCCACUGCUACGACCUGGAGACAGGGUGGCGCUGGUCUUUCCCAACAACGACCCCGUCAUGUUCAUGGUGGCCUUCUACGGCUGUCUCCUGGCGGAGCUGGUGCCCGUGCCCAUCGAGGUGCCCCUCACCAGGAAGGAUGCAGGAAGCCAACAGAUCGGCUUCCUGUUGGGUAGCUGUGGUGUGACCCUGGCACUGACCACAGACGCCUGCCAGAAAGGACUUCCUAAAGCACAGACGGGAGAGGUCGUGACCUUCAAAGGGUGGCCACGACUUCUGUGGUUCGUGACAGAUGGCAAACACGUGGUGAAGCCCCCAAAGGACUGGUACCUGCCCAUAAGGGACGCCAGCAACGAGAUCGCUUACAUAGAAUACAAAACCAGCAAGGAGGGGAGCACCAUGGGCAUCACUGUCUCCCACGCCGCCAUGCUGGCUCACUGCCACGCACUUACACAAGCCUGCGGCUACUCAGAGGGUGAAACCAUAACAAACGUCCUUGACUUCAAGAGGGAUGCAGGACUGUGGCAUGGCGUACUUACGAGUGUUAUGAACCGGAUGCACGUGAUCAGUAUCCCCUACUCCCUGAUGAAAGUCAACCCCCUCUCCUGGAUCCAGAAAGUGCAUACCUACAAAGCGAGGGUAGCGGUGGUAAAGUCCAGAGACAUGCACUGGUCACUGCUGGCCCAGAGGGACCAGCGUGACAUCAGCCUGAGCUCCUUACGGAUGCUGAUCGUGGCAGAUGGAGCCAACCCCUGGUCGAUCUCGUCAUGUGACGCCUUCCUGAACGUGUUCCAGGCCCGUGGUUUGAGGCCUGAGGUGAUCUGCCCGUGCGCCUGCUCUUCUGAGGCCAUGACUGUCGCCAUCCGCAGGCCUCCAGAGACGGGCAUCCCUCCCCCGGGGAAGGCGGUGCUGUCCAUGAGCGGUCUGAGCCACAGCGUGAUCCGCGUAGACACGGAGGAGAAGCUGUCGGUCCUCACCGUGCAGGACGUGGGCCAGAUCAUGCCCGGAGCCCUGGUGUGUGUGGUGCGGGUGGAGGGCACUCCUUACCUGUGCCAGACGGACGAGGUGGGCGAGAUCUGUGUCAGCUCCAGCACCACCGGCAUCUCCUAUUAUGGCCUGCCUGGCAUGACCAAAAACGUCUUUGAGACCAUCCCAGUGACUGCGUCGGGGGUCCCCAUCACUGACCGGCCCUUCACACGGACCUCUCUGCUGGGCUUUGUGGGACCGGACAACCUGGUGUUUGUGGUGGGUAAGAUGGACGGCCUGAUGGUAGUCAGCGGGCGGAGGCACAAUGCAGAUGACGUGGUUGCCACAGCAUUAGCGGUGGAGCCUAUGAAGUUUGUAUACAGAGGAAGAAUCGCUGUGUUCUCCGUCUCGGUGCUGCAUGAUGAACGCAUUGUGGUGGUGGCAGAGCAACGUCCAGACGCAUCAGAAGAGGACAGCUUCCAGUGGAUGAGCCGCGUGCUGCAGGCCAUAGACAGCAUCCACCAGGUGGGGGUGUACUGCCUGGCGCUGGUGCCUGCCAACACGCUGCCCAAGGCCCCCUUGGGAGGCAUCCACAUCUCGGAGACCAAGCAGCGGUUCCUGGAGGGCGCGCUGCACCCCUGCAACGUGCUCAUGUGUCCGCACACCUGCGUCACCAAUCUGCCCAAGCCUCGGCAGAAGCAGCCAGAGGUGGGUCCGGCCUCCAUGAUUGUGGGGAACCUAGUGGCGGGGAAGCGCAUCGCUCAGGCCUGUGGCAGAGACGUGGCUCAGCUGGAGGACAAUGACCAGGCACGUAAGUUCUUGUAUAUGCAGGAUGUGCUGCAGUGGAGGGCCCAGGCCACUCCUGACCAUCCCCUGUUCAUACUGCUGAAUGCAAAGGGCACAGUUGCCAGCACAGCCUCCUGUCUGCAGCUGCACAAGCGGGCAGAGCGCGUUGCCGUGGCGCUGAUGGAGAAGGGCAGACUGAACACCGGGGACCAUGUGGCGCUGGUCUACCCCCCAGGCAUUGACCUGAUCGCCACCUUCUACGGGUGCCUGUACGCAGGCUGUGUGCCUGUCACAGUCCGACCCCCCCAUCCCCAGAACCUGGCCACCACGCUCCCCACGGUCAAGAUGAUAGUGGAGGUCAGCAAGUCGGUCUGCAUUCUGACCACGCAAGCAAUAAUGAAGCUGCUGAGAUCCAAAGAGGCUGCGGCGGCAGUGGACGUGAAGUCCUGGCCCAUGGUGCUGGACACAGAUGAUCUCCCCAGAAAGAAACCCCCUCAGAUCUACAAACCCCCCACCCCAGAGAUGCUGGCGUAUCUGGACUUCAGCGUGUCCACCACGGGCAUCCUAGCAGGCGUGAAGAUGUCCCAUGCCGCCACCAGUGCCUUGUGCCGGUCCAUCAAGCUCCAGUGUGAGCUGUACCCCUCGCGGCAGAUCGCCAUCUGCCUGGACCCCUACUGCGGCUUGGGCUUCGCCCUCUGGUGCCUGUGCAGUGUGUACUCUGGUCACCAGUCCAUUCUGGUCCCCCCUCUGGAGCUGGAGAGCAACGUGUCUCUGUGGCUGUCUGCCGUCAGCCAGUACAAAGUGCGGGUUACUUUCUGCUCCUACUCAGUCAUGGAGAUGUGCACUAAGGGCCUGGGCUCCCAGACAGAGGCUCUGCGGCUGCGGAACGUCAACCUGUCGUGCGUGCGCACCUGCAUGGUGGUGGCGGAGGAGAGGCCGCGCAUCACGCUCACGCAGUCCUUCUCCAAGAUCUUCAAGGAUCUGGGCCUGUCCGCCCGCGCCGUCAGCACCACCUUCGGUUGCCGCGUCAACGUGGCCAUCUGCCUGCAGGGCACAGCUGGACCCGACCCUACCACCGUCUAUGUGGAUAUGAGAGCGCUGCGUCACGACAGGGUGCGAUUGGUGGAGAGAGGAUCGCCGCACAGCUUACCCCUGAUGGAGUCAGGGAAGAUCCUGCCAGGAGUGAAGGUCAUCAUAGCGAACACUGAGACCAAAGGCCCACUGGGAGACUCGCACCUUGGGGAGGUUUGGGUGAGCAGCCCUCACAAUGCCACAGGCUACUACACUGUGUACGGCGAAGAGGCCCUGCAUGCUGACCACUUCUGCACCAAGCUCAGCUUUGGGGACACCCAGACAGUGUGGGCUCGCACAGGCUACUUGGGCUUCCUUCGCCGCACUGAGCUGACUGACGCUAGUGGGGAGAGACACGAUGCACUGUACGUGGUGGGGUCUCUGGACGAGACGCUGGAGUUACGAGGCAUGCGCUACCACCCCAUUGAUAUUGAGACGUCGGUCAUCCGAUCACACAAGAGCAUUGCAGAAUGUGCCGUGUUCACCUGGACCAACCUGCUGGUGGUGGUGGUGGAGCUGGAAGGCUCGGAACAGGAGGCGCUGGAUCUGGUGGCCUUGGUGACCAACGUGGUGUUGGAGGAGCACUACCUGAUCGUGGGGGUGGUGGUGGUGGUGGACCCAGGGGUUAUCCCCAUCAACUCGCGAGGGGAGAAACAGCGCAUGCACCUGCGCGACGGUUUCCUAGCUGACCAGCUGGACCCUAUUUAUGUAGCCUAUAACAUGUGAGUGAGGCCCGGGAGGGGCGGGGACAUUGUGGCGAGAUGAACAAUUUGCACAUCAUGGGAUGGAGAGAGGGAGAGAAAGACGUGGAGAUGAAGUAAAUGGAUCUUCACUGUGGCUCUCUCUCUGUUCACUUUCCUCAGAAGGCAUGGGCCACUCUUGAUCUCGACAGAGCUAUGCAGUGCGUUUAUUUUUCUAUGACUGACUCAUUCGAAUGCCUUGAACAUUGAGACUGCUUUUGGGUGAGGCAGGUGAUGACAAAAUGUUUUUGUUUUGUUGUCAUUGGUUUUGUUUGUUUUUAUCUUUGUUGUUUUAAUUGCCUGAAAAGUAAAUUGUCAAGCACUCCAUGUGCCAUUAAGCACAGUGACCUUGACCCUCCAACGACCUUGGCCAAGGGCUCCCCCGGUGCCCUGGCUCACAUCUCAGCAGGAAAAGAGGUCUGUAGCAUGGCACUUGUAGGACAUGUUUUACACGACAUGUUUUAGCAAUAUUUGGCCAUGGUUUGAAAUCGUUCAAUCGUUCAUCGUUCAAUCGUUCAUGAACCUAAAAUAUGCCAAUUAAUUAAGCUAAAUGUGACAGUGAUAUCACUACCACCAGAAUAGAAUCUUUGGAUUUGUUUAUCUUCAUAAAUAUGUGGACAAGAUCUGAUGUGGGUUUUACUUAAAGGCCAAAAUGCAAUGAGACUAAUUUGGUUGCCAGCAGUACUGCCCAGUAGCAGUUCUAAUGUUUUUAAUCCGUGUGUGACAAGAAACUAAAGUUUUGGUAGCAUUCCUUGUCAUUUGUUUUAAAACGAGCCUUCCAGAUGCCUGUUUAUUAGCUUGCUUUUAAACUAUCAUUUAAGUAAAGUAUCCACAUUACUUAUUUCAGACUGAUGUCUGGGUCGGCUUGAUUAACCUUGUUCAGGACGUUCAGGUGUAUACUUAACUAUAUGAAUUUACAUUUUUUUGCUGUCUCAAGAUGAUCAGUUUAUAACCUUAACUGAGAUCUUGGUCUAUUAUUGACAAAAACGAUUUAGAUAUACAGUCUUGGCCAAAUUUGUUGUUACCCUUCCACAAAAAACUCAAUAUUUUGAAACAAAAUUGUUGACAUCCAUGAUAUGUUUAUUCCAUGUUUAAUGCAAAUACUAUGUUUUUGACUCUUCAUUCAACAGAAUAUUUUAGUUAAUAAAGAAAACGAAAAUGGCAUGGACAAAAAUAAUGGUACCCUUUCCCUAAUAGUAUAUUACACAACCUUUAGAGGCAAUCAAUGGCAACAAGUCUUUUCAGAAACUCUAAAUGAUCAGACAGCUCUCUCCUCUGCUUUCUCUGGUACAUGCUGAGUAUGGGGCACAGAAUGAACCCAACUGCAGCGUACUGCUUUUCUCCAUUCAAAUAGGCUGAAUGACUGAAUACAAGAUCAAAUACAUCUGUGAUGCUAAUUAAGGUGAAACAGUUUUGAAAAUUACUAUAAUACAGUAAUGUAUCAAUAUUUCUUAGGGGUACCAACACAUUUGUCAAGGCCACAAAGAAUAUCUUUGUAAAAUAAACAAUAAAUUAUUUAUUUUCAA